GAGAGAGAGAGACAGAGACAGAGACAGAGACAGAGACACACACAGAGACAGAGAAACAGAGAUAAGAGUUAGAGAGCCAAAGACAGAGACAGAGAGAAUGAGAAUGGGAAGACUUAAAAGAAUAAGCGAAUCUGGCAUAAAGGACUGGGGGAAGAAAGGAGUUUAGAUUGAAAGAUGAAUAGAAAAGGAGGUGAAAGUGGGAGGGAGCUUGGGGAGGUAAAUAAAACAGUAAGUAAAAUGGAAAGGAAAUCAGAAGAGUUCUUACCCCGUGAGAAAAGGAGGAGGAGAGCGUGCUGUGCUGGGAGGUACUUGGAAGAGCUUUUGUGACUCCUCCCCUGGAAAAGCUCGGCUCCCGGCCAUCCAGAAGCAAAGUCAUUCCAACUGACUCCUACUAGUUUUGAGACUGGUUCACUCAGAGGAUUCGAGUUACAAAAGCAGGGACAGAAGCAAAGGUUUUAACCUCAUGCCCGCCUGUGAUCCGCUAUCGUGAUCAUUUAAAAAAUUCCUGGAACUAUUUACGCACCCUUUUUGACUCUUCAGAUCCAGAGAAAGAGACUGGAAACCCUCAUCCUAAAAUGCCUGCAUUCAAAGUGCUUCCUAAAGCCGAGUAAUGUAAACAUCAUUGGAAUGAUGCUGUUGGAAAAUCAAGGCUCCUGGUUUUAUUUGAGUUGCAAGCAUUAACUGGACCUAGAGCUACAUUGAUUUGCCUUAAAGAAAGUUUACAGCUUGAAGAAUGUUACACAAGCUCCAUGUGUACAGUCUUUAAAAAAUACUUGAAUCAAAGCAAUGGCAACUGAUCCUCCUCCACUCAAGAAUUCCUUCCCUGAAAAUGGGACUUUAUCACUUCAUUACAACUACGUUGGAAAAUUGGAAGAGAGAUUAAAGGACACUGAAGGCAAUGAGCUGACAGAUGCAAUUUUCCUAGUCAUCUGCAGCUUCAUUGUCCUGGAGAACUUGAUGGUUUUGAUUGCCAUUUGGAAAAACCACAAAUUUCACAACCGCAUGUACUUUUUCAUCGGUAACCUUGCUCUUUGUGACUUGUUGGCUGGUAUAGCUUACAAAGUGAACAUCCUGAUGUCCGGGAAGAAAACCUUGAGCCUGUCAUUAACAGUCUGGUUUCUGAGAGAAGGCAGUAUGUUUAUCGCACUCAGUGCUUCCACUUGUAGCUUAUUGGCAAUAGCUAUCGAAAGACACCUGACUAUGAUUAAAAUGAGACCUUAUGAUGCCAAUAAGAAGUAUCGGGUAUUUCUCCUCAUUGGAAUGUGCUGGCUUAUUUCCUUUUCCCUGGGGGCCUUACCCAUCCUGGGGUGGAACUGCCUUGACAACCUCCCUGAUUGUUCUACAAUUUUGCCCCUUUAUUCCAAAAAAUAUAUUGCAUUUUGCAUCAGUAUUUUUAUAACCAUUCUUGUGACAAUUGUAAUUCUUUAUGCACGUAUUUACAUCUUGGUGAAGUCCAGCAGCCGUAAGGUCACCAAUCACAACAACUCUGAAAGGUCCAUGGCACUGCUUAGGACAGUGGUGAUCGUAGUGAGCAUUUUUAUUGCCUGUUGGUCUCCCCUGUUUAUCCUCUUUCUUAUUGAUGUUGCCUGCAAAGUGAAAGAGUGUACUAUUCUCUAUAAGGCUCCAUGGUUCAUUGCCUUAGCUGUUCUAAACUCUGCCAUGAAUCCUAUUAUCUACACCCUGGCCAGCAAAGAAAUGCGGAGAGCUUUCUUUCGCCUUGUUUGUAACUGCUUGGUGAGAAACAAAGUGACUCGGUCUUUGCCCAGCCAGCCAGUUCUGGAUCAAAGCCGGAGUAAAUCAUGCAGCAGUAACAAUGUUAACAACAUACCAAAGCCAAGGGAAGACUUCCCACAAAUCAAUGCCUCCUCAAGCAUCAUUGAAAAGACUGAAUCUCUAUACAAUGGGAUUUUUUGCCAGUGAAGCACCUGCUUUGAGAAAAGAACAAAGAGAAAGGCUUUCCAAUUUCUGCAGAAUUAAAGGGGGAACCACUAUCCAGCUGUUUUACUGAGUUUCUAUUUAUUGCAUGUUUUGUUUCUUUGAAAGUCAUGACUCAGGAAAAUUUGCUUUAUCAUACCCCAAAACUAUAAACUAUGGGUGAGAGUCAAUUAUAUAGUAUUGACAAUCUAGCUAAAUAUAGUCAAUGUCAGUGUUAGUUAUCACCUGCAAGGUUCUUCCAACUUUAAUAAGCACUGCAGACAACAGUGAAAAUUAUAUUCUAUAUGCCACACUGUGCUGUUUAUUUUCAUAUUGGGGACAACCAAUACAAUGGUUUGCCUCUAGCUAUUGCUUUGAUAACAUCAUAUUACACUUACUUCAUAAAUAUAACUGUUUGGUUUUGUACGUUGAUAUGUUAAACAGCAAUUACAAUGCAAAAGUUUACAUUAUGAUACAUAUUAUAUUGUUCACAUAGUGUUUGUUAUAUAACAGGCCAUGCAAGAAGACUGCCAGUUUAAAUAGUAUGUAUGACAAUAUAAGAAGAAAUAAGUUUGAACUUGAUUGGCAAGUCCCAGUUUAUAAACUGUCCAAGAUUAAAAUUCACCAAAGAAAGCAGCUGUUUACCUGAUUUCUCAUGCCUCAUAUGGAGAGUAUUUGGUACAGAGCAGAGAGUUCUGAACCUGAAAUCCAAAAGAACCUAAAUUGUUCAAGUCCAGCUUCAAAUAUUUAUUAGCUGUGUGACCCUGGAAAAAUGACAACUUCAGUCUGAUCUAGUUCUCUUUAUCUAUAAAAUUGGGAUAAUAAUAGCAACUUUCUCCCAAAGUUGUUGUGAAGAUGAAAUGUGAUAUUUGUAAAGUGUUUUGCAACCUUAUAUUGCUAUGUAAAGGCUAGCUAUCAUUAUCACCAUGAUAUAGUUUGGUCAAACAAAAACCUAAUGACAUGUUUAUAAGCUGGAAUGGAAUCUGGCCAUAUUGUCUUUGCCAAGACCACCAUCCCCCCCAGCUUGAUCCACAUUUUGCAAGGUACAUGAAGAACCUAAUAUGGUUCUGGGCUUAUUUUAGGGCAUAAUGUCAUCUCUAGGGAAGGUUCAGGGAUCCAGGUAAGUCCAGAAUUCACUAGGGCUGCCUAGGAAGACAUCCAUACCCCAAUAUAAGAGUUUUGAAAUCAGGAUAAAGACAGGUAGAAAAUCCUGCAUACCUCCCAUGCCCUUUGCCAGAUCAUCUCAGAACAGAAUAGAGCUAAUUGUUAAGAAAAUAAGGGCAGAGAGCAGCAAGCAAAAGCCACAAUUACAUAUAUGAAAACCACUAAAACAAUAUGAUAUCUCAGCAUCCAUUGCUAUUAAGGUAGACAAAAUUUAAAAUGUGUGUGUGGCUAUGAUCAAAAUACCAUAGCUUUCCAAAAGCAAAGUGAAAUAACCACAGAUAAUUGCUAAUUAUUUAAAUAAUUUAAUGUCAGGUUUAAAAAUGUGACUUGGCAGUUUCUACAUGCAUUAAAGUUGUGUGUCUUACCAAGAAA